GAGUAGAGUAGAGUAGAGUAGAGUAGGACUUUAUUUUCGAAGCAUGCGAUCUCGAACGACCACCGUUGUGUUCCUUUCCGUCCUCACUGAGACCUGGACUAUAAAACACAACGUGGCCACCAACGACCAGGACUACAGCUUCUCAAAUUCUGGUCCCCACCGGACCGGACUUCUGAGACCUGGUCCGGACUUCAGAGACCUGGUCCGGGCUUCAGAGACCUGGUCCGGACUUCAGAGACCUGGUCCGGACUUCAGAGACCUGGUCCGGACUUCAGAGACCUGGUCCGGGCUUCAGAGACCUGGUCCGGGCUUCAGAGACCGGGCGUCCAAUCAGACAGCAGGAGGCCGCUGGUUAUGCCACAGCGAGGGUGAGCUGGAGGUGGACUGGGGGGGUGUGGGUCGUCGUGUACUGCAGACCAGCAGCACAGUGCUCAGAGAGGGCAUGGCUCCAAGAGGGCGUGGCUCCAGGAGGGCGUGGCUCCAGGAGGGCAUGGCUCAGCGAGGGCAUGGCUUUGAGGGGGACCUUCAUCUCAGGGCCUGA